AUGUCUUGCCCAAUAUACGCUUUGUUGCCUCUUCUAGGCGCAAGAGACAUUAGGCUGUUGUCUAUCAUUCCAAGAGAAUCGAGUGAUGGCCAGGAGCAAAUCAGGUGCAAGUUGGAGGUGGCGAGCCUUAAUCGUCGUGUCAAGUACCAUGCCCUCUCUUACACAUGGGGCUCACCAUAUGGCGCUGAUCAACCCCCCGAGAAAUACACUGGCCAAGAGGAAGAGGUGGCCAUACUCUGCAACGAGCAGCCGUUUUCUAUCAGGCCAAACCUACGUGAUGCACUCUUGAGAAUCAGGGAAUCUCCCGACGACUGGAGAGAACGCAGAAUAUGGGUGGACGCCAUCUGCAUUGACCAGAAGACGCCCACUGAGAGGUCAUCUCAGGUCCGCUUGAUGGCAGAGGUGUACAGCUACGGCGAGACAGUCAUGAGCUGGCUUGGAGAAGCGAACCAAUGUACGACACAUGCUUUCCAACUUAUUGAGAAGCUUGCUACCUAUCCCCGCGAGACUCUGCAGCAGAUCACACCAAGAAGCUACCAGACACAGCGCACACUUCUUGGCGAGCUUGCUGAGCACCAUUGCUGGCUUGCCCUUGCGAAGCUACUUCAGAGAACAUAUUUCACAAGGAUGUGGAUCAUUCAAGAAGUUGUCCUCGCAAGACAGAUUGAAGUCUUUUGCGGCAGUCAUCGAACACAGUGGAUCUGGAUCGAGAGUGUCUCACACUUCUUGUCCACUACCGCAUGGACGGAUUACUUCAAUCACAUCCAUACUUCUGAUACCGCUUCUACUUCUUCUGCAUCUCAUCCUAUCGAGGCAAUGAUGAAGCCUAGCCAUGCUCUUCCUACCAAGCUUAGAGCUAUCAGGAGGGAUGUCAAGGAAGGGAACUUCGGCCGCACACUUCUUCAUGCUCUGAUCCGAUCGCGGGUCUUCCAAGCGAGCGAUCCAAGAGACAAGGUCUAUGGUGUCCUCGGACUCCUUGGCGACGCCGCGAAGAACAAGCCUUGGCUCCAGCCAGUCUACGGGACUAGAGAUGUCUCGGAGACUUACAUACUGGCAACAAAGCAGCUUCUUGCGGACGCCGACGACCUUCUCGUCCUCUCCUGUGUGGACGGCGAGAGGAAGGCGUUGGCAGGCCGGGAGUCUUUACCGUCAUGGGUGCCGGACUGGACUUGCGACAAGUCUCUUGGACUUGGCGUCACUGGCUAUAGCAGGUACUCGGCUGCCGGCGAGUUGCCUAAGUAUGCUCGAGUGCUCGAGCCCUCUUUGACCCUGGAGCUUGUGGGCCAUCGGAUUGACGCCAUUACAGUGAAAGGAGAAUCCAAGGUAUCCAUGCUAGAAAAUGGCGUGGAUUUCUCUGGCUGGCUCUCAAUUACAUCAUCCAUCUCACAGACAUACUGUACCGGAGAGGAUCGAAUGGAGGUCUUGUGGCGGACCCUGGUCACGAACACUGGUGGCGACCCUCCUGUACAUCCCAUCGAUGGAAGAUACAGAGAGGGAUUUGUCUCCUGGAUGAUCAGCCAACUUUGUCAAAAGCACAGCCACCCACAGAGCCCCGAAUUUCAAUCACAAUUCCAGAGCCUUGUACGCCUUUCCGUUUCAAGUCAGACAGUCGCCUUCUUGAAUCAGAGGUUGGCUUCAGUGAGUGGCCCAGGAGAACCAAACGACGUUAUGAACGACCUUAUUGCCGACGAGUACGCCAGCACUUAUUCUCACGCCCUUCACCUGUCACUUUUCCGAACCUCUGAGGGUUAUCUUGGGCUAGGCCCUGAGUCGAUAGAAAAGGAGGACUCCAUAUGGGUUGUCUCUGGUUCCCGAGUGCCCCUGAUCUUUCGCCGCGCGACUGAUGACAGUCAUCGGCUCGUAGGCGCUGCCUACCUGCACGGAUUCAUGAGUCGAAAGACGAUUGAUUUUGCAGACACUCGAUUUCAAACCAUUCAUGUCAUAUAG